UUUUCUCUCUUCUACGUCCUUCAUUGCCACUUUGAUCCUGCCGACGAGAGCAAACAUGUGAGGACGUCAGCCACUAGGAUGGAUGAAGGCGCGCACACACCUGACACUUUCUUCGGGUCCCGAGUGCCUCGCACCCCAGUCGAUGCCGAGGAUAAGGACCAUGAACGGGGACCACCGGUCGGUUGCCAUCGCGCCGCUGGAUCUGCGCACCACCAAACGAGAGCGUGGGAGCGCCGGGUCGAGGACCGCGGACUGCAAAGGUCGCGCCGGGGACGCUCGGCGGACCGACGGCUCACCUGCGUCCCCGGCGCGCAGAGGGGAAGGCGGGCCGGAGACCCGGCGCCCCGCGGCCGGGGGCGCGCCGGACCCGCGAACCGGCGCCGCGCGCAAGCGGCCGGCGGACGCACCGUUUCGCACGCUGCCAUUUAGGAAACGCCCGGUUGUCUUCGAGCCGGAGACACGAACGCAGCCCUCGGUUUUACCGCAGCGCGACACGGGUCGCCUUUCCGCUGCGGCGGAGGCGGACUCCCCGUCGCGCGGUCGUUUGGAAACAGCCGCGGAGGAGAGCGGGCUGGAGGCGGCGCCGGGGACCCUGCGGCGGGCAGGAGAGGCAGGGCACGCUCCGGUCGGCUCCGGAUUUCCCUUCCUGCAACCGUUUGGUUACGGUCCUCCCUGCUCAGGCCCGUUCCCUGGGUACUGUCUGCCCCCCAUCCCCGAGGUGAACCCCCCCCCGGCCCACCCGGACGGCCUGCAGACCGGUGUCGCGCUGGCUACACGUCAGGAUGAAGACGGGGACACAGCGCUCCACAUAGCCGUGGUACAAGAGGAGCUGCCCCUCGUACGCGAACUGAUCCAACUCCUGCUGUGGGCUCGCAGAGGCCUCGAUGUCUACAACAACCUGCGGCAGACUCCUCUUCACCUGGCAGUGAUCACGCAGCAGGCCGCCAUGGUGGACGCCUUGUUGAGGGACGGGGCCGACCCCGCCGCCCUGGACCGCAACGGCCAAACGGCGCUCCACCUCUGCUGCGAAUACGACCAGCGCGCCUGUCUGUCCGUCGUGCUUUCUCACGCCCAAUCCUCCACGUGCUUGGAGACGCGGAACUACGAGGGUCUGAGCCCUCUCCACCUGGCGGUGCUGCGUGGACAGAAAGAUCUGACCAGGAUGCUGCUGGAGGCCGGCGCUGACAUCAACGCCAUGGACGUCAAGAGUGGCCAGAGUCCCCUCAUGCAUGCGGUGGAGAGCAAUGACGUAGACAUGGUCCACUUCCUCAUUGGGGGAGGCUGUGAUGUCAACAGUCAGUCCUACAGCGGGAACACGGCGCUGCACGGCGCCUGUGGCCGAGGUCAGGUGGACACGGUGCGCCUGCUGCUGAAGAGCGGGGCUGACAGCAGCCUGAAGAACUACCACAAUGACACCCCUGUGAUGGUGGCCAAGAACAAGAGAAUAAUAGAUGUGUUACGAGGAAGAGGCUCCAAUGCGAUUAGAAGUCCAGAUCAACACUGUGUGUCCGUCUCACCACAUAGGAGCAGCUGCACAGAUAAUGGGUCCCCGUCUCCCGGUCACAGCCGUGGUUGUUCACCUUUGGACACACAACACACCCCUCAUCAUUGCACCUCCCAUUCUCCGACGACUCCAUCCACACUUUUACUAGCUCAACGUUAUUGUUGAGUGCAAUUUGAAGCUAUUCCUCCUCUGAGGCGACCGUAAAAGAAGAAGGUUCGGCUAACGGGACGACAAACUAGCAAAAGAGUGCACCUGAAAUUAAACGUCCCGACAAGCUGAUCUUCUUCUGGACUCCACGGAGAAACAUGCAUCCUUCCUUUGAGUUCAGGCGCCUCCCUGACCCGUACCUGCUGAUUCUGCUGCUGGGACCCAACCAGCAACUGGAAAGCUGCUGCGGGAUUUCUCCAAAUGCAUCUAAGCAACAUGAACGUGCCGCUGGUGACAAAAAGGACAGUAAAUGAAAAGCACGGGCCUAAGCUUAGUGAACCCUGAGUCCCUCUUCAUUCAUGUGUUUUGCACCUUACUUCUGUUCACAGAAUGACUUAGAGUGAUCACAGAAGAAGAAGGGGAACACAAAUAAAAUUCAUCACCAUAUGUCUUCUGCUUAGAAUACGGAUGAGCCACGUGACCUGACCUGCAUAGUAAUGCAGUUACCCACCUUCUGCCUUUUACAAUCACACACCAUAUGGGUGUCUUUGUGCACCUGUGUGUUGUUUUAUCACUGUGAAAAGCUGUCGAUAUGUAAAUAUAUAUAUUUUUUACAUGAAACGUACGUGUGGCCUCGGUCUGUUGUGGGAUUUGAAAGCGGCGUUCUGAUUGGUCGGUGGGAGGGUCCUCCGGAGCCAACACACAGCCCAAAAACGAGCGCGCGGCCAUGUUGAAUUGUCAAUAUUCCGAAAGAAGAGACAAAAGAGUGAAAACUCGGUGGAUUUCUCCAAACAGCGAUUGUUUACCAAACUCCAUUAAACUGCCGAUGAAACGUUUAGCGGCGACGCAGCGGGGGAGACUUUGUGUGUCUGUGGCAAAGUGAAGGUAACCUGGAUUAUUUUUUUUGUUGUUGUUGAUCGGCCCUUCCCGAAGCGCUUUGCAGACAGUCAUCUCAACUUUGGCUGCUGAAGUGAAGGAAACCGGCUCAACAAGAUAACCACAGACAUUUAAGUGGACUAUCCAUGUAAAAAAAAAAAAAAA